UAUGUACCAAAUUUGAAAUCCAUGACAUGGAAUUUUUCCAUUAGUGGGCACGGCAAAGGCUCUGCCGAUGGAAUCGGUGGAGUGGUGAAAAGAAGUGCAGAUCUCAUGGUGAAAUGUGGCAAUGAUGUAACAGAUGUAGACUCAUUUAUAAAGUGUGUAAGCAAAACUUGCAGUAAGGUAAAUCUAAUAAAGAUUAAAUCUACAGACAUUGAUGAGAUGUAUUUGAAAAGGCCUGAAAAGCUUCAGGCUGUUGUUGGCAUUAGUCAGAUUCAACAAGCUACAUGGAAAGACGAACCAUGCAAAAUCUUUCUCAGAAGGCUUAGUUGCUUUACCUGUGCCUUCAACAAGGCUUGUAAGCAUCAUCCGCACAAUCCUCCAUACCACAUCGUUGAAAGUCAUUUACAUGCACUUGAGACUAAUGAUCCCACGUUGGAAAACAAUUUGGAUGGCCCACAAGAAGACAAUCUAUUGGAUACAACUAAUGGUCCCAGCUUGGAAAACAAUUUGGAUGACCCACAAGAAGACAAUUUAUGUCGUACAAGACGCAUUGAUGUGGGAAGCUGGGUUUGUGUCAUUUAUGACAACGACUGGUAUCCAGGAGUUGUGGAGGAGAAGAAAGAAGGAGAUAUAUUGGUGGUAGCGUUUAUGUCCAAAAGUGGCAAUAAAUUCUUCUGGCCUACACCUGAAGACAAACAGGAAGUUACCAUUGCUGGGUUAAUGUGUGUGACCAAACCACCUUAUCCAGUGUCACAACGCCAUUACCAAAUAGAAAAAAAAGAGAUGGAGAAAAUAAAGAAAAUUUUUUCUAACGUUUAGU